GUCUCCUGCGCCUCCUCGGCCUCGGCGCCCGCUCUCGCGGAGCCCCUCCAGCCAGCCGCUGCGCUAUGAGGGCGCCUCUCCGGGGCUGGCCGAGGCCGGAGCCGGCUCGCUCUGCUCGCGGGGAAGUGUGAAGAGAGAGGCGCGGGCGGGAAGCGGCGCUGCGCGCGGCUCUCGCGGACCGGCGCGGGUUCCAGGUGAGCGCGGGCUCCGCGCGCCCCGCACUCGGCGCGGCCGUCUGGCGCCUGCCGGUCUGGGUUGGAGGCUGAAUUCUAUGCGUGGACCGCCGUUCCUUCUUCGCGGGAUCCCUGGCCACGAUAGCAGAUGCAUUUUGUAGGAGUAUUUUGAGGAUGAAUGUUUGCAAAUCAUUUUGAAAUUGCCAAGUGCCACAUACAUGGGAUGCAUCCUGCCUUUAUCCUGGAGUUCACCCCUGUGGCUUGGUUUAGUCACAGUUGUAUCUGUCCUCGAUCUCUGUGUUAACUAGAAAUCAAAGAAAGACAUGAGGAGGUUUGUUUACUGCAAGGUGGUUCUAGCCACUUCACUGAUGUGGGUUCUUGUUGAUGUCUUCUUACUCCUGUACUUCAGUGAAUGUAACAAAUGUGAUGACAAGAAGGAGAGGUCCCUGCUACCUGCCCUCAGGGCUGUUAUUUCAAGAAACCAAGAAGGGCCAGGAGAAAUGGGAAAGGCUGUGCUGAUUCCUAAAGAUGACCAGGAGAAAAUGAAAGAACUGUUUAAAAUCAAUCAGUUUAACCUUAUGGCCAGCGAUUUGAUUGCCCUUAACAGAAGUUUGCCGGAUGUAAGAUUAGAAGGAUGCAAGACAAAGGUCUACCCUGAUGAACUUCCAAACACAAGUGUAGUCAUUGUAUUUCAUAAUGAAGCUUGGAGCACUCUCCUUAGAACUGUUUACAGUGUUAUAAAUCGUUCUCCGCACUAUCUACUCUCUGAGGUCAUCUUGGUAGAUGAUGCCAGUGAAAGAGAUUUUCUCAAGUUGGCAUUAGAUAAUUAUGUGAAAAAUUUAGAAGUGCCGGUAAAAAUUAUUAGAAUGGAAGAGCGCUCUGGGUUAAUACGUGCCCGCCUUCGAGGAGCAGCUGCUUCAAAAGGACAGGUCAUAACUUUUCUCGAUGCACACUGUGAAUGCACGUUAGGGUGGUUGGAGCCCUUGCUGGCAAGAAUAAAGGAAGACAGGAAAACAGUUGUAUGCCCCAUCAUUGAUGUGAUUAGUGAUGAUACCUUUGAAUAUAUGGCUGGGUCAGACAUGACUUAUGGGGGUUUUAACUGGAAACUGAAUUUCCGUUGGUAUCCUGUUCCCCAAAGAGAAAUGGAUAGAAGGAAAGGAGACAGAACAUUACCUGUUAGGACCCCUACUAUGGCUGGUGGCCUAUUUUCUAUUGACAGAAACUACUUUGAAGAGAUAGGAACUUACGAUGCAGGAAUGGAUAUCUGGGGUGGAGAGAAUCUUGAAAUGUCUUUUAGGAUUUGGCAAUGUGGAGGCUCAUUGGAGAUUGUGACUUGCUCCCACGUGGGUCACGUUUUUCGGAAGGCAACUCCAUACACUUUCCCUGGUGGCACUGGUCAUGUCAUCAACAAGAACAACAGGAGACUGGCAGAAGUUUGGAUGGAUGAAUUUAAAGAUUUCUUUUAUAUCAUAUCCCCAGGUGUUGUCAAAGUGGAUUAUGGAGAUGUGUCAGUCAGAAGAACACUAAGAGAAAAUCUGAAGUGUAAGCCCUUUUCUUGGUACCUUGAAAACAUCUAUCCGGACUCCCAGAUCCCAAGACGUUAUUACUCACUUGGCGAGAUAAGAAAUGUUGAAACAAAUCAAUGUUUAGACAACAUGGGCCGCAAGGAAAAUGAAAAAGUGGGUAUAUUCAACUGUCAUGGUAUGGGAGGAAAUCAGGUAUUUUCUUAUACUGCUGACAAAGAAAUCAGAACCGAUGACUUGUGCUUGGAUGUGUCUAGACUCAAUGGACCUGUAAUCAUGUUAAAAUGCCACCACAUGAGAGGAAAUCAGUUAUGGGAGUAUGAUGCUGAGAGACUCACCUUGAGACAUGUUAACAGUAAUCAAUGUCUAGAUGAACCUUCUGAAGAAGAUAAAAUGGUGCCUACCAUGCAGGACUGUAGUGGAAGCAGAUCUCAACAAUGGCUGCUAAGGAACAUGACUCUGGGGGCAUGAAGACCAUUUCCCCUAAGCCAUGAAAGUGUCUACACUUAUGCUUUUCCAUUAUUUCAAUUAGGAAAAAAUAUUAACUUUGUUGAAUUGAAAGUUUUAAAAUCCUUUUAGUAUUCUAAAACAGUUGUUUAUAAUUCAUUUUUAGGAAUGUUUGCUUAUUUCCCUACUAAAAUUUGUAUCUGAUUAAAAAGCACAUAGAAUAAAUAACAGCAAACUGUUAUUAAACAUCA